GUCUUUCUUCCUCGACACGUUCUCUUGCACAACUGCACAUGCCCACACAAGACACGUCGAUAUAGUUGCAAAUAAAGAUCGCAGAAUGUUUACGAUAGCUCGUCUUUCUAUAAACAGAUUGCAGACAUCUCGUCUUCCUUUAUCAAAAAGGUUUUUAAGCAAUGGUGCAGUGCCGACAACAAAGCUGUUCAUUGAUGGAAAAUUUUUCGACUCUAAGACAUCAGACUGGCUACCUGUGCACAAUCCUGCAACAAAUGAAGUGAUUACCAAUGUGCCAAAAACAACCCAGGAAGAAAUGCAUUCAGCAGUUGAUGCAGCAACAAGUGCUUUCGAAACUUGGUCGCAAACAUCCAUUCUCUCACGACAGCAGAUCUUAUUUGCAUAUCAAGGAUUGAUAAAAAGUAACCUGAAAGAGAUUGCCAAAGUAAUUACCCAUGAGCAAGGCAAAACUCUGGCAGAUGCUGAGGGUGAUGUACACAGAGGAUUGCAGGUCGUUGAACAUGCAUGCUCAAUCACGUCAUUACAACUUGGUGAAACAUUGCCUUCAAUAACACAAGAUAUGGAUAUGUAUUCGUAUAGAUUUCCUCUUGGUGUUUGUGCUGGCAUUGCACCGUUCAAUUUUCCUGCAAUGAUUCCACUUUGGAUGUUCCCUGUUGCAGUAGUCUGUGGUAAUACAUACAUCAUGAAACCAUCAGAACGUGUACCUGGAACGACCAUGUUGCUUGCAAAGCUUGCACAGGAUGCUGGACUACCUGAUGGUGUAUUGAAUGUUAUUCAUGGUGCUCAUGAAGCAGUGAACUUCAUCUGCGAUGAUCCAAGCAUUCAGGCUAUUUCCUUUGUUGGUUCUGACCAAGCUGGGAAGUACAUAUAUGAACGUGGGUCUAAAAAUGGAAAAAGGGUCCAGUCUAACAUGGGUGCAAAGAAUCAUGGUGUCAUUAUGCCUGAUGCAAAUAAGGAUCAUGCUCUCAACCAGCUGGUUGGAGCUGCAUUUGGUGCUGCAGGUCAAAGGUGUAUGGCUCUUUCUACAGCAAUAUUUGUGGGUGAGGCGAAAGACUGGAUACCAGAGUUUGUUGAACGAGCAAAAAAACUAAAAGUGAAUGAAGGUAAUCAACCUGGAGCAGAUUUAGGACCUUUGAUAUCCCCCCAGGCAAAAGACCGUGUUUGUGAAUUAGUUCAGUCUGGUGUUGAUGAAGGAGCGACGGUUGAUCUCGACGGACGAGAUGUGAAAGUUGAAGGUUAUGAAAAUGGAAAUUUCGUUGGUCCAACCGUGAUAUCUGGUGUAAAGCCGAACAUGAGAUGUUACAAAGAAGAAAUAUUUGGACCCGUUCUCCUGGCCAUGACAGCGGAUAACCUUGAAGAGGCUGUUAAUAUAAUCAACGAUAAUGAAUAUGGUAACGGAACGGCCAUCUUUACAACUUCCGGUGCUGUGGCAAGGAAAUUUCAGAACGAUGUGAACGUUGGUCAAGUUGGAGUGAAUGUUCCUAUUCCAGUUGCUCUUCCGAUGUUUUCGUUCACCGGUUCACGAGGUUCAUUCCUAGGAUCUUCUCAUUUUUACGGAAAAGAGGGCAUUGCCUUCUAUACUCAGGCUAAAACUAUCACAAGUUUAUGGAAAGAAGAUAUCUCCUCUGUUCAAAAGACUGCGACAGUUAUGCCGACAAUGAAAUAAAUAUAAAUUGAGUUGUGUAACAAUAUAGUCUAUAGAUAUAUAUUUAUUCACAGCGUCAGUGGAAAAUCUGUGGAAACCUUGCCAAAGCCGAAAUAAUAUCUGCAAUUAAUAGUUAUCCUUUGCUGGGAGCAUGCAGUACGCUGACUCUUAUUUCCGUGAGGAUUGUUUAAUAUUGGUAGCUCUUUUUCUUCCAUAAAUAUUUUGUCGAAUAUAAAGGAUUUUAGGUCAUUUCAUAAUAUAAUUUGCGAAGUAUUUCGCACCAAACUCA